GCCUAACAAUCAAUAUAUCAGAUUGAAGCAGCCAUGGUAUGAAUUGAAAUUGAAAUAGUACAUCCUUGAACAUGGAGCAUAAGAUGGAGGUAGAAGCGACACCCUUGUCCGGAGCAACCAGUCAAACUCCGGUGCCAACUGGUGUGCCGCAGCGCCGCGUCCCGGUCACUGUCGGGCGCACCACCAGCACCAUGCACACUGUUAACCACACUGCUAACGAGGAUUUGACAAGCUUUUUCGAGUGUCCUGUGUGCUUUGAUUACGUACUUCCACCCAUUAUACAGUGCUCCAGCGGCCACCUUAUCUGUCAGAACUGCAAGCCAAAACUAAACAGCUGUCCCACAUGUCGCGGUCCCUUGGGUAACAUACGCAACCUCGCAAUGGAGAAGGUCGCCACAACCAUCUUCUUCCCCUGUAGAUACUCCCAAAACGGCUGCCAUCAGAGAUUACUACACACGGAGAAAACAGAGCACGAGGAAACGUGUGAAUACAGACCGUACCAGUGUCCGUGUCCAGGUACAGUGUGUAAAUGGCACGGUCCUUUAGAAGCAGUCCUCCAACAUCUCACCACCCAACACAAGAGUGUAACCAGUCUUCAGGGAGAAGACAUCGUGUUUCUAGCGACAGACAUACAUCUGCCUGGAGCCUGCGACUGGGUCAUGAUGCAAACCUGCUUUGGGUGCAAUUUCCUUUUAGUACUCGAAAAACAGGAAAAGCACGAGGGACACCAGCAAUUCUUCGCCGUCGUCCAACUGAUAGGAACACGAAAACAAGCCGAACAAUUCCAAUAUCGUCUGGAGUUGAACGGGCACGGCCGCCGAAUGUUGUGGGAAGCCACACCACGCAGCAUCCACGAGGGGGUUACCGCAGCCAUACAGAACAAUGAUUGUCUGGUCUUCGAAACGAGCAUGGCUCACAUGUUCAGUGAAAAUGGGAACCUGGGCAUUAAUGUAACCAUCUCAAAGCGUCGUCCCUGAGUACGUGAAUUUGCUUAACGAGCUUGAGGAUGAAAUGUUGAGAGCUGAUUAUUUCCGUGGUGCACCGUCCUGGUUAAAGUCCUGCGGCUUGUCGACUACAUUUUUAUUGGAGAGAAGCGUUGUAGCUAUUUAGAGUUUUAGAGAUAUGGAGCUAAAUUGGUAAUCAACUAAUAUUUCGCAAUCAGUCAAGAAGAGUGGAGAUUUCUCAUUUCUGGGUCGUCAGGGACGUAAUCACGUGACAUUUGGACACUAAUCAGAGUUAUAUAACUUCUUUAAAGAAUCUUGUACUAUAUAUUUCCUGAGACGAGAGUUGCUUUUUAAUUGUGGCCAUUUAUUUCUUAUUCUGGACCCUACUAAAUUUAUAAUACAGAGCUCAAUUUCUAGACUUUGGUAGAUCUCAUCCAGUGGACACUGUAUACACAGUGUUCAAACUCUUCCAUUAUAAUAUAGUGCUGACUAAAAUGUAGUAGUGCGUGUGUAUGAUGAUCAUGAUUUUAACUCAGUUUUCCCACUGCGCAACAGGAUCCUUCGACUGAUACUGUUCUUUAUUGUUCCGACUGAUUUUAGGAAUUCUAAACAUCUCAAACAUGUCGUCAGGCGAUGGAUAUUUGCGAAGAAAAUUUAUUUAACAUUGUUGGAACUGCUAAAUUUUUACUCGUUAGAAAUACUAUAUUUUGAUUGAUGAUGAAAGAAGCUAAUGUAAACAUUGUGAUUAUGUGAUAAUAUGAUGAAGUCCAGUCUGAUUGAAUUUCGGUAAAAAUAAAUAAUGAAGGGCUUGGUAUGGGCUUACAGUUGACAGCGUCAAGUGAUCAAUUAGUUUCAUGACGUCACGUUUCAUGACGUCACGUUAUAGUUAGUUUGUCUCAGGAACGUCAUAGAUUCAAUUAUAAGUUAUAUUGUCGGUGAAGUUGAAAGACAAUUUGAUUGUUUGUAAACGGGCCAUGUAAGCAGGGACACGAUAUUUGCACGAUUCAACUUUGCGAUAUGAUAAACAAGUAACGACACAUUAGCAACUGCCAUCCCUUAUCUUAUGUAUCUUAUGUAACUUUGAUAGUGUAACUUAAAAGAUAAGAAUAACGACAUUUUCUAAGGAAUUAUUUUAGGUCGUAUUAUAGUAAUGUGAAAGAGAAAAAGUUUUAGUUUUGACAACUUAUUAAGAUAUAAUAAUGAUAGAAUGUUUGGAAAGAGGCAGUAACAUUUUACCGUGUAUCAUUUUCGACUGCAAAGCUACUUUACAAAGUUUAGCUAUUGCAUGCGCACUUGUGCACAUCUGUGUGCGCAGGUCUGUGCAUAUUUUAGUUUACAAGCAGUGGGCUCAUUGCUUGAGCCACCAUCUUAAAGAUGAAAUGUUUAAUGGAGUACUUUGGUUGUCAUUGGAAUUUCUCCUCUGUGAUGUUUUUCGUAAGAUAUAAAAUUUUAAGCUGAAGUGAUUGAUUUUACUUGUAUAAAGAAAGAAGCUGUCUAACCUCAAGCUAGAUGGUUUUCAUGUGUGGUUGCGUUUACAAAUUUUAGAAUUCGAUGGGUGUUUUGAUUAUUUAAGUUAGGUGUUAUGGUCCUGAAUAGGAGAAGGGUUGAGAUAUUCAGCUUGUUCCACAGUUCGUUCAAAUUGGAUAAUCGACUUGUUUUAACAGUUUUGUGAAACAUUCCAGAUCUACGGCAAUUUUAUGUCUUUUCAAAAUUAUUCUCAAUCCUUCAUGCACUUUUACUUACUGUGAUGACCUCUAUUGUUUGCUUUGCUCGGAGAAGCAACACAAGAAGACACAUCUGUUCUGACAUGAGCAAUAAAAUGCGUGGGCUUUGCUCCACCUAGAGAUAAAAAGGGAAUGUCACCAUUUCUUAUUAUCAGUGCAAUUAAUUCUGCGUGUUUUCCCAUUAUGUCUAAUCUUAAAGUUUUGAAUCAAUGAAAUAUGAAUGAAAGUGGCGAUUGGAUCAAUUAAUAAUAAUGCCAGCGAUAAUAGAAUAUUCUAUACCUGUAUAUUUUUGAGAAAAUGAUAUGAGAUUGAUAAAUGGGCUGUGUAGUUUUGCGUGUAAUGUUGAAUAUAAAAGAAGUUAAGAAAUUUCAUUUUACGUUCCGUCAUGUUAAA